AAAGCGAGGGCUCAAGAAAAAGUGCGCGGGUAAAAUCCGUCCAGGACAGUUCGUGUUGUUUAUUUAUUAAUUAAUUGUUACAAAUUGCUCGUUAUAUGUGGAUUUUAAAAUGGAAGGUAUUAGUAUCUUGGCGGAAAAUGUGAUAAAGAUAGAAGAUGUUAAAGAAGAACAAGUAAUUAAGGAGGAAUGCAACUGGAAUUGCAUUGAAGAAGUUGAAUCCAGUUCAAUCUCAUGCUCAGUGAAGAGAGAAAAUGAUUCAGACGAAGAGGAGUUGGAGCGUCCAAUUUCCGUGUUUGUUGGACCGAAUGAGGACCAGGAGAGAGUUUUCAGAGGCGAAGAGAAGGAUCCUCUUUCGUUCUGUGAAGAAGCUUUCAUCAAACAGGAGGAAGCUUCAUGUUCCUCAGGUCAAACGUAUCAACAUCAUCAACAAGGCAGAUCUUGUAUUGCAAACGCUCUCCAGUGGACGGACGUCGCGCAGUCUUUAAACAGCCGUGUAGUUGGUGGUGUCAUUUCGAAUCCUCCUCCCCCACACGACAGCGCGGGUCCGGUCGAGUUUCUCAACCGAUGUCGUGUUUACCUCCAUUUCUUUGAAGAGCUCAACAAUACUCUCGAUCGACAUAGUUUCAAAAUUUUCGCCCAAUUCGAGUGUCAGUUUUUAAUUGAGAAAGAGAACGCCGAGACGCACGAAAUCAUAUUCUCAUUGCUCAUGUGGUCUUUGUCAUGUUUACAUAACAUUCCAUUCAUGAUCUGCCUUGGUUUUCAUUAUAAUUGUACGUCAGAUAUGAAAUCUCUUAAUUCAUUAAACCUGAUUAUGCGUGCACUGUUUAAAUUGAAUUAUAUAAGUUAUAAUGAAUUAGCUUUGCUUGCUCUAACAGUGCCUAUGGAAACUGGAAUGGAUGAACAUGUCCUUGAA